AUGUUGUCACAUUGGUACACAAUAUUGGUUCUACUACCAGUCUGCUUGAAAUCCCAGAAACUUCCCACUAGAGAUGAAGAAUUGUUCCAAAUGCAGAUUAGAGAAAAAUCACUUUUCCACGAUACAUCCAUAGUACCUGAUGGAGCAGAGAUUGGUGGCUACCUGUUCAGAGACAAUCCUAAAAGGUACUUUUUUGUAGUAGAGGAAGAUAAUACACCUCUGUCUGUUAUUGUUACACCCUGUGAUGCACCUCUGGAAUGGAAACUGACUUUACAGGAACUUCCUGAGGAAGCCAGUGGGGAAGGAUCAGGUGAGCCUGAACCUUUGGAGCAGCAAAAACAGCAGAUUAUGAAUGAAGAGGGCACUGAACUGUUUUCAUAUAAAGGGAAUGACGUGGAAUAUUUUGUGUCUACAAGCUCUCCUUCUGGGUUGUAUCAGCUGGAAUUAAUUUCAACAGAAAAGGACACACAUUUUAAAGUUUAUGCAACUACAACUCCCGAGUCUGACCAGCCUUAUCCAGAGUUACCAUAUGACCCAAGAGUUGAUGUGACAUCUCUUGGACGCACUACAGUCACACUAGCAUGGAAACCAACUCCUACAUCCUCUGUUUUAAAACAACCGAUCCAAUAUUGCGUUGUUAUCAACAAGGAACACAAUUUUAAAAGCAUGUGUGCAGUCGAAGCCAAGAUCAAUGCAGAUGAUGCUUUUAUGGUAGCUCCUAAGCCUGGUUUAGACUUCAGCCCUUUUGACUUUGCCCACUUUGGGUUUUCAUCAGAAAACGAUGCUGGUAAAGAUCGCAAUUUCAUGUCUAAAACCGUAUCCACAAAGAUGAUGCGUCAAAUAACUGCCAAACCAAAGCCUGAUCUUCAGAAGGUAUGCAUUGGGAACAAAAACAUAUUUACAGUUUCUGAUCUGAAGCCUGACACCCAGUAUUACUUUGAUGUGUUUGCAGUAAAUUCGGCCACAAAUAUGAGCACUGCGUAUGUCGGAACAUUUGCACGUACCAAAGAAGAAGCAAAGCAGAAAACAGUAGAUUUGAAGGAUGGAAAAGUUACUGAUGUAUUCAUUAAAAGAAAAGGCACAAAGUUUUUAAGAUUUGCCCCAGUCUCUUCCCAUCAAAAAGUAACUUUUUCAGUUCACUCUUGCCUGGACACUAUUCAGAUCCAAGUCAGAAGAGAUGGAAAACUACUUCUGUCACAGAGUGUAGAAGGUGUGCGCCAGUUUCAACUGAGAGGAAAACCAAAGGCUAAAUACCUGAUCAGGCUCAAGGGAAGCAAAAAAGGUGCCUCUAUGCUCAAAAUCCUGGCAACAUCGAAAUUUAACAAGCAGCCUUUCCCUUCACUGCCAGAAGACACAAGAAUCAAAGCCUUUGACAAACUGCGCACAUGCACUUCUGUUACAAUAGCAUGGCUGGGAACACAGGAGAGAAAUAAAUAUUGCGUGUACAAAAAAGAAGUGGAUGAUGACUACAAUGAAGACCAGAAGAAACGAGAACAAAACCAAUGUUUGGGUCCUGACACCAGAAAGAAAACAGAGAAAGUUAUCUGCAAAUAUUUCCACAGUCAAAACCUGCAUAAAGCAGUCACCACAGAGACAAUCAAAGGACUCGAAGCUGGGAAGUCCUAUGUCCUGGAUGUCUAUGUCAUGGGUCACGGAGGCCAUUCAGUCAGAUAUCAAAGCAAACUCGUAAAAACAAGAAAGUUCUGUUAGAGUCCUUGUGAACUUGUAUGACAAACAUAUCCUACAAGGAGCAUACUGACUAACUACUUGUGCAGCCAAGCGAUUGUGACUUGUACACAGUACCUGUAGCAGUGUAGAAAGGUAUCAACUUGUAUACUUCUGUUUACAUAUCAACGUGGUUGCUUCUAAGUGGUAAUCCUGCUGCUUCUCCAGAACUGAAAGACAUAUAUAACUGUUAUAGGUCUGAGACCUGGUAUCAGACAAACACGGUAGAUGAAGUAACAGUGGUAAUGGAUGCGAAAGUACAAAGGACAACUUUGGUAGCAUCACACAGUGCAUGAACUGCCUCUAAAUUAUUUUACUAAAUACAUGGCCAAGGCAAGUCCCCUGGUUCUAUUCAUGCUCGCACAAUACAAUCUAGAGAUGGUAGACUAUCUGUAAAUUAUUUUAUAAAGUCUUGUCUGAAAUGUUUAUGUUGUAUGUAAACUACAAAACCAUUCCUUACUUAAUGCAGAUCAGAUACUAAGUAUUAACUGGACUAUCUUUCUCCUUCUUUGCCUAUUGUACAUUCCUACUAGACUGGUUUAUUUUUUAAAUAUGUAUUGUAUGUAUAAAUUUGUCAAGCAUAUAUUCCUGUACAUAAAAAAAAUUAAAAGUAUAAGAUUAUAUAUUUCUUUUGCUUACUCGUUGUCUAAAUACUAUAUCAGAAAGAGUGACUGUUGUCUGUAAACAAGUUGUUAACUUGUUUUUAGUGUUCUAUGACAGUUUGUGUGCAAAAUAUAUAAAGAUAUAUAUAAAUACAGUAUAAAUUUAAAGGAGAUUCCUGUAGCAAGAAAGAGUAGUAAAGGAAGGAACAAACAAAGCAUAUAAGCCAGCAGACGCUCUUAUUGUGAAUGAGUUUCAAAAGGGCCACCCAGUAUUGUGAAUGGGCAGCAUUAAAGGAAAGAUGAAACAGUCAGUAUCUGACAGUACUUUGUAGUUUAAUCCGCAAUCAAAACUAAAAGUUGCAGCUUUUUCAAGGUGGUGUUAGGAUGACAAGAUGUUAUUAAUGGAAGUCAUUGUACUACUUUGUAAAGGCAGCGCUAAGACAGACUUUUUUUGUCAGUGUUAACAUUUUAUCACUCAACAAAAAUCGUUUUACCAGAUGUUGUAUAAAUACAAGACAUGAUGCACAAUGUUGUGGAUACCACAUAGUCACAGUUCAAAAUAUAAUGCAGGUGUAUGAUACCUACGGGCUAAACUCAGGGAUUUUAAUCUCACGCUACUCAACAAUUUAACCUCUUGUUGGCUGUCAUGUCAUUUGCAACUCAUUGGGGUUGAGUUACUAAAAGAAUAGAGAC